GCAGCAUUCACAUUCGUAGGUAUCACCGUUUGAUCACCAAAUCACCAUCAUUACGCUCAUCAAGUUCAUGCUCGAAUAGACAGCAAGCUACACAAGGCAUUCCCCCAGCACUCCUCUGCAACGCUUCACCUCUCCUUUGGGCAAGGUUGCCACCAUCCUUAUCAGCGCGUUGAUAGCAGCCUCGUUGGACGAUUCUUACGCCACCCAGUCCAUCAUCAUCACGUUCUCUUCAGCAUGCCGUCAGAGACUAUCGUGAUCCCGGAGAGGCUUCCAGUGCUGCCGCUCCCAUAUCCACUCGUGCUGCACCCCUCCCUCUUGCUCUCUAUUCCACUCUCUUACGCGCACUCGUUGAGCCUGCUCAAGGCUGCUCUGCAAGUUGGCUCCGAUGAGGCGAGCGAUGCGUCGUCAAGCAGCAAGGAUGGCGAAGCAACACGACCCAUCGUCGUGGCUUGCGUUCCCACCAUGCGUGUUCCAGCAGGAGCUUCGAGCAAUCCAGCCAAGCCCUCCACUACGAGGUCGGUGAUGCCCAAAGACGAGGCCAAUGAUCCGCGAGUCCGCAUCAACGAUCUGUACGACUGGGGAGUCGCUGCUAAGCUCGUCAGGCUCACUCGCCACCCGGCCAGUCAGACUUGCACCCUCGUCGUCACUGGUGUAACCCGAGUCCGCAUUGACAGGUGGCUCAGCGUACGUGCCCCGCUCACCAGCACCAAGCUCGAUCGCAACAUCACGGUUCCCGAUGUUCCUGUCCCGUUGGCGGCCAUUACUGGCUUUGCUGAUGGAGGCCCCUUCCCUCCCUUGACUGGCGCGACCGAGAACGACAUGGACGCGGUCAGGGCUUUGCGUGCGGCAGCAGACGAGCUUCUCGAGAGUCUUUCUGCUCUUGGUGCGGCGCCUUCGGUCAAGAAUCAAGGGCAGGACAAUGCUUCGCCACCUGCCCUACCACUUCUUCCUUCUGGCCUUCUCAGGCGCGUGCGGGCCUUCGUCAAAGAGUCUCGAGAAGGUCAAGCUGGCAUGCUAGCUGAUGUGCUGGUUGGCACUCUUGGAGGCGCUUGCGAGUGGUCGCAGCGAGUCAAUGUUUUGGGCGAAUGGGAACCGCGUUACAGGGUCAAGGCAGCUGCUAGCGCCCUAUCAGCAGGUGCGGCGAGGGUGAGACUGGCGCGAGAGCUGCUGGCUUCCCUUGCCGCGCCUCUCAGUAGCAACACCAAGGAAUCGCUCGUGCGAACUCAACUCGAGUCUUUGCUCGCACAGCUUGCUGCGCUCAACCCCAACACUACGGCUCGCAUCAGCACUGGCACGAAUAGCUUCAGCAUUGGUCCUGCAAACAGGAGCGACACUGGCAGUAGCGGCAAAGACAACAACGGUAGCAGUAGCAACCCUAAUAACAGCAAUGCCAUCAUCACUAUUCGAGCUCCUUCAAGACCCAACGACGGCAUGCCUCGCAGUGCGCCUGGUGCUCGAAGCGUCGGUGGAGGAGGCAGCGGCGGCGGCUCUGGCGCUGGCGACCAAGAGGAGGAAGAUGAGGUUGCGGACCUUACCCGCAAGCUCGAUGCAGCCAUGCUCACACCUGAAGCGCGUAAAAUGUGCGAUCGAGAGCUAAAGCGCCUCGCGCGCAUUCCGCAGCAAAGCGUCGAAAGAGGCGUCGUCAUCACUUACCUCGAAACAAUGGCGGAGCUUCCGUGGGACAAGACUUCAGCGGACCUGAGCCCGCAGCCCUCUGGACCAAAGGAUGCCGCAGCGCCUUCUGCGAUCACCGAAGUAGCAGACGUCGACGUGGGACGAAGCCCCAUCAACGCACCAAUCGAGGACGAGGGCAUCGUCGAGAGGGCUCGUCGCAUCUUGGACGAAGACCAUUACGGCCUCGAGAAGAUCAAGAAGCGUCUUGUGGAGUAUUUGGCUGUACUCGAGCUCAAGACCUCGCAAGCUCAGGAGCGGAUUGCUCGCGAGGAAAAAUUGGAGCGCGAGGAGCGCAUCGCGAGCCGACGUGCCGAGAAGGCAGCCGCUGCCAAGAAACAAUCUGCUGCUAUCAAUCAGGAGCUCGAAGAAGAAGGGGAUUUCCAACACUUGGAGGAAGCUGCCGAAGAGGAGAAGAAGAGUAAGCAAGCUGUCGACGAAGCGCGAAGGAAGCGUCGUCGGGCUCAUGUUGCGGACAAGGGACCUAUCCUGCUCCUCGUCGGACCUCCAGGCACCGGAAAGACCUCGAUCGCCAAAUCCCUGGCGACCGCACUGAAGCGUCCCUUCACGCGCGUGUCGCUUGGCGGUGUGCGUGACGAAGCUGAGAUUCGAGGACACCGUAGGACCUACGUCGGCGCAAUGCCCGGAACGAUCGCUUCGAGUCUACGCAAGGUCGGCGUGAGCGAUCCGGUGCUCUUACUGGACGAGAUCGACAAGUUGGGCAGUGGCAACGGUCUGCACGGUGAUCCAAUGGCUGCUAUGCUCGAGACCCUUGACCCCGAACAAAAUCAUGCGUUCAACGAUCACUACGUCAAUUGCCCCAUCGACCUCAGCCGCGUGCUCUUCAUCGCCACUGCGAACACGUUGGACACGAUUUCCCCCCCGCUGUUGGACCGAACGGAGGUCAUCAAUGUUUCUGGCUACACUCACGACGAGAAGGUCGCCAUCGCACGCAACUACCUCCUUCCAAAGCAGACGAAAGCCCAAGGUCUAGUGCCAGAGGAUCUCGUGGUGGGAGACGACGUGCUACUCAAGGUCGCCAUGUCUUACACCCGCGAAGCCGGUGUGCGCAGUCUCGAACGAGAAAUCGGCGCGAUCGCUCGUUCCAAGGCCGUCGAGUAUGCCGAGGCGCGCAAGGGUGUCAAGGGCGAGGACGGCAAACCCAAAUCGUACGAUCCAGUCGUUCGCGUCGAGGACCUGGAACGUAUCCUCGGUGUCGAGACUUACGAGCCUGAGGUGGCCGAGCUGGAGUCCAGACCUGGUGUGGCUACUGGUCUCGCUUACCAGGGCUCGGGAAGCGGUGGCAUCUUACACAUCGAAUCGGUCCUGCUGCCACCAGACAACGGAGCCCUCAAAUUGACUGGUAGUCUCGGUGACGUGAUCAGAGAAUCCGCUGAGUUGGCACUGUCCUGGGUCAAAGCUCACUCUUACCAGCUUGGCAUCACUCCGUCUCGCGAUGCAGAAUUUCCUAGGAAUGGCGUUCACAUUCAUUUCCCGUCACUGUCGACACCGAAAGAUGGACCAUCUGCCUCGGUUGCACUGGUCCUCGCGCUCGUCACUCUUUUCACGCGCGUCUCAUUGGACCCCAAGCUGGCCGUGACGGGCGAGAUGGAUCUGCGCGGUCGCGUCACACCUGUAGGCGGGAUCAAGGAGAAGCUGAUCGGAGCGCACAGAGCCGGCAUCAAGCGCGUCAUUCUCCCAGCAAGGAAUAAAAAGGAUGUGGUAGCGGACUUGCCGCAGAACGUCAAAGACGAUCUCCGCAUUCACUACGUUUCCAAUGUCUGGAACGCGCUGGAAAUCGCACUCGGAGAGAGCCUCUUUGCUCACGCCAAUGGAGAUGGCGUGGCUGAAGGCAAACGCAUGAUGGGCCUGGAGGACAUCACCAGUCGUCUUUGAAAGGUUCACUCAGGCAAUCAGCUCUUUUCACCCCAGCUCCCAUCCUUUAUCCAAUUCAGUAACCUCUGUCUGCCUUUUUGAGUAUCUGCCUUGUCGGUCCUUCUGCUCCGAGUCUGCUUCAUCGCUCCAUGCCUCCUCACGAUACUCUGUUGUCUCAAAUGCCUUUGUUCUGUUUCGCAAUCAAUAUAUAGUUUCUUGCUGCUGG